AUGAAGAAGAAGCCACUGGAGAUGAUCAGCCCUAGGCUCCAACUUGUUAUGAAAAGUAGAAAGUGUGCUGUGGGGUACAAGCAGGCCCUGAAAAUGAUCAGACAUGGCAAAGUGAAACGGAUCCUCCUUGCCAACAACUGCCCAGGCUUGAGGAAAUCUGAAAUAGAAUACUGUACCGUGUGGGCCAAAAGUGGGGUCCAUCACUACAGUGGCAAUAAAAUUGAAUUGGGCACAACAGGUGGGAGAUACUACAGAGGAUGCACACUGGUUGCCGUUGAUCCAGGUGAUUCUAAUGUCAUGAGAAGCCUGCAGACUGGGGAAAGGUAA